AUGGCUAAGACUACUAAAGUAAAAGGUAACAAGAAGGAAGCUAAGGCUUCCAAGCAGACCAAGGAAGAAAAGGCUGCCGCAGUCUCUUCCUCUUCCGCUUCAUCCUCCUCAUCUUCAUCUUCAGAAUCUGAAUCCGAUUCAUCUUCAUCCUCUUCUGACAGUGAAAGUGAAACUGAAACCAAGAAGGAAACCAAGGAUGCCUCCUCUUCUGAAUCUUCUUCCGACGAAGAAGAAAGUAAGAAAGAAGAAUCUAAAGAAUCUUCCAGCUCUGAUUCCUCUUCUGACGAAGAAGAAGAAUCUAACGACAAGAAGCGUAAAUCUGUAGACGCUGAAGAAGAAGAAGAAGAAGAAGAAUCCAACAAGAAGCAAAAGAACGAAGAAUCUCAAGAACCUGCCACUAUCUUCGUCGGUAGACUAUCAUGGUCCAUCGAUGAUGAAUGGUUAAAGAAGGAAUUCGAACCCGUCGGUGGUGUCAUCAGCGCUAGAGUUAUCUACGAAAGAGGUACCGACAGAUCUCGUGGUUACGGUUACGUUGACUUCGAAAACCAAUCUUAUGCUGAAAAGGCCAUUAAAGAAAUGCAAGGUAAAGAAAUCGAUGGUAGACCAAUUAACUGUGACAUUUCCACAAGUAAGCCAGCCGGUAACAACAACAACAACGAUCGUGCCAAGAAGUUCGGUGACACUCCAUCUGAACCAUCUGACACUUUAUUCUUGGGUAACUUGUCCUUCAAUGCUGACAGAGAUACUAUUUUCGAAAUGUUCGCUAAGCACGGUGAAGUUGUUUCCGUUCGUAUUCCAACACAUCCAGAAACCGAACAGCCAAAGGGUUUCGGUUACGUUCAAUACUCCAGCUUGGACGACGCCAAGAAGGCUCUAGAUGCUUUGCAAGGUGAAUACAUUGACAACAGACCAGUCAGACUAGACUACUCUUCUCCAAGACCAAACAACGAUGGUGGCCGUGGUGGUAGCCGUGGUUUCGGUGGUCGUGGUGGUGGCCGUGGUGGUAACCGUGGUUUCGGUGGCUCCCGUGGUGGCUCCCGUGGUGGUGCUCGUGGUGGCCGUGGUGGUUUCAGACCAAGUGGUUCCGGUGCCAACACUGCUCCAUUAGGCAGAUCAAGAAACACUGCUUCUUUCGCUGGUUCAAAGAAAACAUUUGAUUAA